GUUGUACGACAAAUGUAAAUGCAGUCUAACAUUUGAAACGCGGCUAUCAAAACUGAAGAUAACGGUCGGCGCGCGGCAUUUAAUUGUUUUCCGCGUACGCGUAGUAGUCCAUUCGCGCUCCGAGCCUCGAGUCGGCAGGACGUGCCGCGCGUCGCUCCGUGUUUCGUCGCGUAUUAUCUUUCGGUACGCAGUCGCGAUAAGUAUUAUAACGCAAUUUUAUUUGACACAGUCUUUAUGACACGUUUUACAAUGCGUGCCUCCCGUCUUCUGUCAGUCGAACACGCGCUUUUUAACGAGCGUCGUAGCGCGUUGAUCAGAACAUUUCAAUUUAUUCAGACACGCUUAUAAUAUCACGUCUCGUCGUUACAAUUUGUCAAGAAACGCGAAUAUCAAAGCUAGAAAUUAAAAACGGUCGGUGCACGACGUUUGUUCUCCGCAGUAAAGACGCAGUCAUUCGCGCUCCGAGCCUCGAGCCGGCAGGUUGUGCCACGCGCCGCUCCGUGUUUCGUCGCGUUAUUGUCUUUCAGGACGCAGCCGCGAUAAGUAUUGUAAAUCAAUUUCAUUUCUUGCGAACAAAUAAAGCCUGUAUCAGGGUUAUACGUCGGAGAUUAGACCUGAAUUAAUUGAAACGAAAUUAAAACAAAAUGUAUUAAAAUUAAGCUAAUCCGAUUAGGCAAAUUUUAAUCUUCGACUAGCAAUUCUCAAUUUUUCUGGCGUUGUCUCGUUCAAGUUUAACGCGUAUUAACGCGAGUAUCAAAAUUGGAAAUAAUUCAACGGUCGGUACGCAGUUUCUUGUUGUUUGUUUUUCUCGCGUAGUAAAGACGCAGUCAUUCACGUUCCGUGCCUCGAGCCGGCAGGUUGUGCUCCGUGUUUCGUCGCGUUAUUGUCUUUCGGGACGCAGUCGCGACAGGUGUGAGUAGCACAAUUAUUCCUCGCGAAGGAAUAUUACUUCUUUGCACGUUCGCUAUCGCGCGUGACGUACCGAUUUUUGUAAGAGAAUUAUUCAAUCGUGUAAUACAACUUUGAAAUGCGUUCGUUUUCCGUGAAGAAUUAGCGAUUGUCGCUGGCGGGAGUGCCGGGCGCGAUCGAGUGUGUUCUCGAGAUCGAUGUGCGUGCGAUCGUAAUUAACUGUGUUUUCGAGUGAAUAUUGUGCUGUGCGACGCAACGAAGACACCUGAGAGGAGGUCGAGGUCCUGGGAGGCUGCGGGCGACGGCGAAGCAACCGUGGGGUGAACGGAUCCUGGAGUUUACCUGGGUUUGUUUGUGAUUUUUAUAUCGCAAUGGAUGUGACUUGCAGCACCAGCUCUAUAUUCAAUCUCGUGGCUAUUUCGAUAGACAGAUACAUAGCGGUGACCCAGCCGAUAAAGUACGCGAAGCACAAGAACAAUAGAAGAGUAUGGUUGACGAUACUGUUGGUUUGGGCGAUAUCGGCCGCGAUCGGCAGUCCGAUUGUCCUAGGCCUGAAUAACACUCCGGACCGGAUACCGGACCAAUGUCUGUUCUACAAUACGGAUUUUAUCAUCUACUCGAGCCUGUCCAGCUUCUACAUACCCUGCAUCAUCAUGGUAUUUCUUUACUACAAUAUAUUCAAGGCUCUGCGAAACAGAGCGAAAAGGGCUCGUGCUAGCAAAAAACCGAAUUUAGGCGAUAUAAAACCUGGGUGCAUCAUCGAGAAUAUCGCACACACGCGUAGUGGGUAUUCUGUGGCAAGGUUCGCGGAAACGGCGUUGGGGGCGGCCGCCCUGGUGGCACCUGGAAUCGAAGAACCGACGAACACCGCUUCCGGCAGCAACGAGGACGAGGACGAGACGCCCCUCGAUCCUGUCGUCGUCAUCUCCAAUGACAAGAGCACGGAAUUCUUUUUAGCCACGGUCGUCGAGGAAGCAGCUUGUCGUUUCAGCGCGGUGGCGCAGGCCCAACUGACCGCAGCACCGCAGCGCAAGGACUCCAGCGGGUUCGACGGUGCGGCGAGCAGCACGAUGAUCCACGAGACACUCGAGACGAACUCGAGUCCGAGUCCGAAUCCGCGGAUCACGUCGGGCCCGCCGUCCUCGUCGACCUCGUCGUCGCCUCCGCCAACGCGAGGCGCAACCAGCGUGUCCUCAUCUACGCAGACGAAGAGGAACGGUAACAACGGCGGGGCGAACAAGCAGGAGCUGAAGCGACUGAAGAGCGCCGGCUCGCUCCUGCCGCUGCAGCUCGCGAGGACACCCAGCGUGCUGUCGUCCUCCGGCAAGAAGGACCGGAAGAACGCGUCGGCCGGAUCAAGGUUCACAAUAUACAAAGCUAACAAGGCUAGUAAAAAGAAGAGAGAAAAGAGCUCGGCCAAGAAGGAGCGCAAGGCUACGAAGACUCUUGCGAUCGUGUUAGGUGUCUUUCUAAUAUGCUGGGUGCCCUUCUUCACUUGCAACAUCAUGGACGCGAUCUGCACGAAGCUGACAAAGGCAUGUCAGCCAGGUGUUACAGCCUUCAUCGUCACUUCCUGGCUGGGCUACAUGAAUAGCUUCGUGAAUCCCGUAAUAUACACUGUGUUCAACCCCGAAUUCCGUAAGGCCUUCCGCAAGCUGAUCAGCGUAUAAGCGAGCGAUUUACCUGCUUCCAUCGCUGAAGAAGAUAUACAGGACAGCAAACGUAACUCGGUGUGAAUCGUCGUAUUUGUGAUGUAACAACGAGACAGUAGGCUCUCUCGGCAAGCUCGGCAACAGGUACUGUUGUUCUUGUAUUUGGAACCUCAGCAGCUGCGUUUGCCUAUCGGUUUUCGCGUUCCGUUGCGUGUCAAUCGUUUUCCAAGCGAAUAAGAAAAGCCAAGUCUUACAAAACAUUUUCCAUUUUCUGACACUUAGGAAAUACGGUCUGCGACACGGAAAAAAAAAGAUGACAUUAUUUCCGAUCAACACCAUAUGCGAGCAUUCGAUGAAUAUAACUUGUGAGGUCGAAAGAAUAAUGAAAUUUAUGGAAGUCGCUUUUAACUAAAUUACAUAAAAAUGUUUCUCUAUUUAACAAAAAUUUUUGCAUGCAAAAUAUUUAAGUUUUUUUUUUUCUUAAAUCUUUAUGACGUUCUAUCUUUAUGGUGGAAAGUAAAGCAGAUAUUUCUUCGCUUGGAUAAAGUUGACACGCGAUCAGCGAAAAUUGUCCGCUGGUAUAAAUUCGUUGUUAUCGAAUGCAGCAACGAUUCAUCGCGUCCAUGUGCGUGAAAAUGCGUGCACUGUGAUAUCGAACUAUCGUGGCAUGACGCGCUAUGGAGGACACAUUACAUACACGUGCGCUAGAAUACGCGUGCACGAACGUUGGAGCCGAAUUCUCGCACGGGUAGCUCAAGUAAUUGCUAAGUAAGGCUUUGCGAAGCAAAAGCAAAUACUCCGCGUCGAUCAACAGCGCGGUAUCGCGCAAAUUAGCAGAAAAUUUAGGUAAUCUGUACAAAUCACAUGCGGCAAGCGUUUACGGGGCCCGAAGGACUUGUUAGAGACAGGCUAGCUCUGUGUAAUAAUCGCGUGUUCGUAAGGGCGGUUGCACUCCCGAAAGAUAAUUUAAGUUUUCGCGAAAGCAGGUAAUAAUGAGAUCCGAGAGGGAGAGAGGAAGAGAGAGAGAGGGGGGGGGAGGGAGCACGCGGAGGGUUAAAGUUGUUAGAGGUGUAUUUAUUAUGCGAGCAUAUAUUACUAUACACCUCUAUCUGGAUGAUCAAGUACGCCGUGACAGUAUUAACGUAGGAUAUAAGUUAUAGCAAUAUUUUUUCGCUCAAGCAAAAGCAACCGAGACCGCCGUUUGUACGACGAUAUAGACAUGCUAUACACACUCGCGUGUCGCGGUGUAAUUGUAUUUAUACUUCGGUAC